GUCUCGGGAGGCCAUUGGGCCGGGGCCGGGCUGAGGGUCACUGGCCCCGAUGGCUUCCUACUUCGAGGAGCACAACUGCGAGCCCGGCGAGCCCGCGGAGCGCGCCCGGGAGAACGUGUUGCUGGAGCUCGCCCGGACUCUGUUCAAUGGGCAGCAGAUCGACCUGGGCUCCGUGGACUUCACCGACUGGGAUCAGCGACUGCCCCCGCCGGCCGCCCGCCGGGCCGUGUUGAGCCUCCCCACGGUGCGGGUGACGCCGGACCAGGCAGACAAAGGGCUGAAAUGCCCCGUGUGCCUGCUGGAGUUCGAGGAGGAUGAGGGGGCCAGGAAGAUGCCCUGUGAGCAUCUCUUCCACUCGGGCUGCAUCCUGCCCUGGCUGGGGAAGACCAACUCCUGCCCCCUGUGCCGCCACGAGCUGCCCACGGACGACCAGGAGUACGAAGAGUACAAGAAAGACAAGGUGCGGAGGCAGCAGCGUGAGCACCGUCUGGAGUACCUGCAUGGGGCCAUGUACACGUGACCGGGGGGGCCCACCUUGGGCCCUGCCUGCCUGGGGCAUUGGAUGCCCUCUCUGGGUGGGGGGCUCUCAGGGUCAGUGGGGGUGACCCAUCAGGGUGGGUACAUUCCAGAGCUGGGUCCACAGGGAGUGUCCCGACAUGGAUGGGGCCCCUCCUUUGCUGACCAGCCCCAGCAUCGCCAUGGAACAGCCCUGGGUGUCUCCCCCACUUCGCUGUGGGAUCACCACAGGGGCAGGAGUAACUGACUAACCCCCACCCCCUGUCCAGCCAUCUCCCCAGGCUGAUUAAAGCUGUUUUUCUCUGA